AUGUCAGACUCAACACCCCCACCACGUGCUAUAACGCCGCCGCCCGCAAAACGCCUCAAACUCGACCUUGACCCUGUCACCCCCGUCACUGUCGAUGUCGCCGUUGCUGCAACUACAGAAGCAGUUCCGCAGACAGAGACUAUUUCACAGGUUGAGCUGGAGCACGCAGUGGGCAUUACGGAGUAUAUUGAUGCGGAGAUCCGUGGGUGGAGUGGGAUAUUGAAACAGAGAUAUACAGAUUUCCUAGUCAAUGAAAUCGACGAAGAGGGCAAUGUGGUACAUUUAACAAAGCUCACGGUGGACGGACAGCCCGCAGGGAAUGAGAAGCCGAGACUCGCACCUGCAGCUCCGCCGGCGCCGCAUAUACCAGAGCCCACUUCUACUGCGGCCAUAGCCGCUGCUUCGAAGGCGGCGAAAGCGGCGGAGGCAGCGGCGUUCGAGCUCAGCGCCGACGACUUCACCGCGCUCUCAAGCCUCAUAACCCCCGAGAUCGCCUCCUCCUGCGUCACCCUCUACCGCGCCAUCCUGUCCGCCCCCACCCCCGUCGAGCUCCCAACCACGACCCUCACGACCCCCGCCAUCGCCGCCAAAGACGCGCGCUCGACCCUGCACGCCCUCGUCCGCCGCCUCUUCUCCUCCAAACUAGAGACAACAACUCUCACCGGCGACAACGAGAACCAAAUUACAAUCAAGCCGUCCACAGCCUCAUCCCGCAACCCGCGCCAGCAUCGCGGUAACCGUGGCGGCGCACGACAGAAGGCUCCUGCAACCAAGGCCGCGGACCGCGGCGGUGACUUUUGUCAUUUUCUGCUGUACAAGGAGAAUAAAGAUACCAUGCACGCCGUCAAGAUCGUGCAGAAGCUGCUUGGCCUGCGAAAUGGCGCACAGGGCCAGAUUGGGUUCGCGGGGACAAAGGAUAAGCGCGCAGUGACGGUGCAGCGGUGCUCCGUGUACCGUGUCGACGCUGCGCGGCUUGCCCGACUUAACAGGGAAGGGGCCGGAGCACUGCAUGCGGGGACGCGGGUGGGGAACUUUGAGUACAAGACGCAUGGGCUGGAGCUGGGUGAUCUGGGCGGGAACGAGUUUGUGAUUACACUGCGGGAGUGUGCUGUUGCUGCGGGGGAGACCCGGCCGCUGAAGGAGGUUGUGGAGGAGGUUGUGGACCGCGUGAGGAAGGGUGGGUUCGUCAACUAUUUUGGGCUGCAGCGGUUUGGGAGCUACAGCGUGGGGACGUGGGAGGUUGGCGUGAAAUUGCUGAGCGGCGACUGGCACGGCGCCGUCGGGCAGAUAUUGCACUACGAUGCCGCCCUGCUCCCCUCCCCCGACUCCCCCGAGUCCUCCUCCGAGAACACGAACAACAAUCGAGAUGACAUCUCCCGCGCCACCGCCAUCGCCGCUUUCAACUCCAAAGACUACGCCAAAGCCGCGAAUCUCAUCCCCUACAAGUACUCCGCCGAAAGCGCCAUCCUCCACUACUUUGCUGCCAAACCAGCGUCAACAGACUACUGCGCUGCCCUGGGCACGAUCCCGAGAGCGCUCAAGACAAUGUAUGUCCACGCCCUGCAGAGCUACGUGUGGAACCAUGUUGCGAGUGCCCGUGUACGAAUGGGGAUGCAGGUGCUGCCGGGGGACUUGGUGCUUAUUCCGCAGGACGGCGAUGCCCCCGCCCCAACCACUGAGGGCACCCCCGAUGAAAUGGAGGUGGACCAGAACGGCGAAGUCGUCGUCCACGCCCCCACCGCCACUGGCCGCAACGGCCGCCGCGCCGGGACAUUCCAGCGCGCCCGCGCCCUGUCCGCCACCGAAGCUUCCAGCGGCCAAUGGAGUAUCCGCGACAUAGUCCUGCCCACCCCUGGCUGGGACGUGCUAUAUCCGCAGAACGAAUUGUUGGAGGUGUACAAGAGCGUUAUGGCACCUCAUGGCUUGGAUCCAUUGCAGAUGAAGAGGGGGGUGAAGGAGUUUAGCUUGCCAGGGAGUUAUAGGUGUGUUGUUGCUAGCUUUUUAGGGGAUAGGUGUGAGGUAGAGGUGAAGGGGUGCAGAGGGCUAGAGCAGGUUGUGGCCACGGAUUUGGAGGUGUUGAUGGCGAAGGAGAAGGGGGAGCAAAAGGGAGAUACCACCGCCACCACUACUACCACAGCCGGAGACGGGGAAGAAAAAACAGCAGUCGUGCUAAAGCUCUGUUUAGGUACCAGUACUUAUGCGACAAUGGCGCUGCGCGAAUUUAUGCGUGAGGGCAUCAGAGCUUACAAGCCGGAAUUUGGCAGGUAG